AUGCAUAGUAGGCUCCAUUUCGAUGGAUACUUCGCCCCUUUGCAUCAGAAUUGGGCUCUGGUCGUCAUCGUACUCAAUGCUGUAUGGAUUGGUAUAGAUGAGGACCAUAAUUUCCCCGACUCUGGCAUGCCACUCGUCGUGUUCGAUGUCGGGGAGCACAUAUUUGGCUUCUGUUUUACCUUUGAGAUCCUCGUCCGUAUAUUUGCCUAUAAAAACAAGAUGGAUUUCUUCAACGACAAGCAUCUACGAUUCUGGAACUUAUUCGACCUAUGCCUGGUGGUCAUGAUGAUCAUCGAGAUCUGGGUGCUUCCAAUAGUCGAUGCGGAUACAUCAACUCUGGGAAGUCUCAGCGUCCUCCGUCUACUCCGGUUGCUCCGAAUCACUCGAGUUUUCAGGAUGGUCCCCGAGCUUGGCAUGAUGGUCAAGUCCAUGGCUGCUGCCGCUCGUUCUGUUAGCAGUACUCUGGCUAUCAUACUCGCUCUCAUGUAUGUAUUCGCUAUCAUACUAACGAACUGGGCGAAGCAUUCUGAGGAGAGGCUCGCCAAGGAGGUGGACGGAACACCAGGUUUCUUUGAUGAGAUGUUCGGGACUAUUCCCAAGAGUAUGCUAACGUUAUGGCAAGUAUUGGUUUUUGAUGAUACCUUCUCGCUUAUCCGGGCGACACUGAGUGAGAGUUUCGCGUGUGGCGCAUUGCUUCUCGUAUUCAUACUGCUCGGGGCAUUCAUGAUUCUCAACAUUCUCAUCGGAGUUAUUUGCGAGAUUGUAUCCGAUACGACAGAAACCGAGAAAGAUAAAUUACUACGAGAGCGAAUAGUUGAAGUAUUUGAUGCAAUGGACGUUGACGGCUCGGGAACUCUCACUGAGAAUGAGUUCAACGCUCAAGCGGCUUAUCGACUACAGAAGCUUGGUGUCGAUGAGGUGUGUCUGCUGUAUGACAUCGUUCAAAAUGUCUUUCAGGAUGUUGUCGCAGUGGCGUUCCAAAUCAUUGAUUCCUCUGGUCACGGGUGUAUCGACCAGGAUGAGUUCGUGCAAAUGCUACUGAAGAUGUUACAGCCUCCCACUGCACAGGACUUACUACUCGUGCAGAAAAACUUGACUAUGGUCCAGACCCUUUUGGGAGACUACAUCAAGAGAACUGCUUUACGUUAUCAAAGGCUCGAGGCUAAGAUUGAUAAUUUGGGCAGUAGAAGAACAUCCGCUGAGUCGACGAGAUUCGGCACGGAUAGGCUGGCCAGUACCGCAUCGUUAGAGACUGUCACUCGAGAGACGGUUAAUCAGCUAUUAGGCAAGAAGUGA